CAGAAGGAGAGUGGCUGGAGGACAGCUGUUCUAAUCCAUUAGCACCUCUACCUGGUCCGGCUGUAGAAGCCUGUGUUCGGGAUCUCUGUGAUAGAUGUGCUUGGGGAUGCUGUGGUUUCUGUUCCUCACUCUCCCCUGUCUGGGGAGCACAAUGCCUCUGACUCCUGACUCAGGACAGGAGUUGGUAGGCAUUGUCGGAGGCUGCCCUGUCUCAGCCAGCCGGUUCCCAUGGCAGGUCAGCCUGAGGUUCUACAACAUGAAGCUCAGCAAAUGGGAACACAUCUGUGGGGGCUCCCUCAUCCACCCACAGUGGGUGCUGACAGCUGCCCACUGUGUAGAGCCGAAAGAGAUGGAGGCCAGUUGCUUUAGAGUCCAAGUCGGGCAGCUGAGGCUCUAUGAAAACGACCAGUUAAUGAAAGUAGCCAAGAUCAUCCGUCACCCCAAGUUUAGUAAGAAGCUGUUUGCCCCUCCAGGGGCAGACAUUGCUCUGCUGAAACUGGACUCCACAGUUGUAUUGUCUGAGCGUGUCCACCCUGUUUCCCUCCCUGCUGCCUCCCAGAAGAUCUCCUCAAAGAAGACCUGCUGGGUGGCUGGCUGGGGCGUCAUAGAGGGCCACAGGCCACUGCCUCCGCCCUACCACCUGAGGGAAGUGGCAGUCCCCAUUGUGGGAAAUAGUGACUGUGAGCAGAAGUACCGGACUAAUUCCUCCUUGGACAGGACUACCAAGAUCAUCAAAGAUGAUAUGCUUUGUGCUGGGAUGGAGGGCCGGGACUCCUGCCAGGCUGACUCCGGGGGCCCCUUGGUGUGCAGGUGGAACUGCUCCUGGGUCCAGGAGGGUGUGGUCAGCUGGGGAAUAGGCUGUGGCCUUCCUGACUUCCCUGGUGUAUACACCCGAGUGAUGAGCUACUUGUCCUGGAUCCAUGGCUAUGUCCCCAAGUUCCCGGAACCUUCGAUGGGACCAGACAGGAUUCAUACACCAGAAGACACCCCAGCCACUCAUGCUGAUCCAUUCACUCCUUCCAGCCCAGCUUCACUUUCUUAAACCUCCCUAACCCCUGGUAGUGAAACUACCUUGUGCCCCUGGUCUGGAGUCUCUGGUGUCCCUUAAUUCUGGGAGGGAGGGGCUAAGACUACGUCUCAAAAGCUGCUGGGCAGCCCAUAGCCCCUCCUUACCACGUUUCUCAUUAAACAAUGGAUUGUC